ACCUGUGUUCACUACCCAGAGGAUGACCAUGGGGACAACACAGACACCCACAUGGGUGUUAAUAUGGAUGGCUCUGGCGAUUGGUUUAACUGCCUCUCAAAGUGAGGAUACAACAAAGGCCACAGUUAACAUCAUCCCCUCAAUGUCAAGGAUGCCUGAGAUUGCAGGAGUGAGUCCUAUGCACAAUGGCCAGGUCUGCAGCACGUGGGGUAACUACCACUUCAAGACCUUUGACGGAGACAUCUUUCAGCUCCCCUCCACCUGCAACUAUGUUGUGACCUCACUGUGCCAUAGCAGUUAUGAGGAUUUCAACAUCCAGAUGAGGCGGCAGGUGGUGGACAACCAGCCCACCAUUAGCAAGAUCACCAUGAAGCUGGAUGGUGUAGUGGUGGAGCUUUCCAAGGGUUCCGUUGUUGUUAAUGGGAAGAAUGCCACCUUACCAUUCAGCCAGUCUGGUAUUCUCAUUGAAGAGACUCCCUCCUACAUCAAGAUCAAAGCAAAACUGGGAUUGGUAGCCAUAUGGAACCAGGAGGAUUCCUUCUUGGUGGAGAUGGACAUCAAAUUCAGAAACAAGACCUGUGGUCUAUGUGGAGAUUUUAAUGGAGUUCAGCAAUUUGAUGAGUUCUAUAGCCAUGGUAUGAAAUUGUCCCCUGUUGACUUCGGAAACUUCUGGAAAUUGGAUGGUCCAACUGAAAGCUGUACUGAAAAAACACUGCUUUCGAAUCAUAAAUGCCCCAAUCUGAAACCAGUUUGUGAGCAGUUGCUCUCCGGUCCUGCCUUCAGCAGCUGUAAGGACUUGUUGGCCAUCGACUCAUUUGUUGAGGCCUGUGUAUCUGACCUGUGCCACUGUGAUAACAGCACCAACUCCUUCUGCCUGUGUAACACCAUCUCAGAGUACUCCCGUCAGUGUGUUCAUGCAGGGGGGAAGCCCCAGCAAUGGAGGACUGAACAGUUCUGCUAUAAAACAUGCCCCUUCAACAUGGAGUACCAGGAGUGUGGAAACCCCUGUGUUGACACCUGCUCCAACCCUGAGAGAGGCCAGAUGUGUGAGGAACACUGCUCAGAUGGCUGCUUUUGUCCUCCAGGCACCGUUUUUGAUGACGUCAACAAGAAUGGUUGUAUCGCCUUGAGUCAAUGCUCCUGCCGCCACAAUGGAAAAACCUACGCCCCCGGAGAGUCUUAUUCAAGCACUUGUAAAGAUUGCUCCUGUGGUGGUGGUCAGUGGAAGUGUGUGGACAAGGACUGUCCUGGCACAUGUGCUGUGGAGGGAGGAUCCCACAUCAACACCUAUGAUGGAAAAGCCUACACCUUCCACGGGGACUGCUCUUAUGUUCUGACCAAGGACUGUGAUGGGAUGCAAUUCACUGUACUGGGUGAUCUGGUGCAGUGUGGGCUUUCUGACAGUGAGACUUGUCUAAAGGCUGUUAUCCUGUCCCUCUCAGAAGGAGCCACUGUGAUCAACAUACAACCCAAUGGAAAAGCCUUUGUAAAUGGAAUCUAUUCUCAGCUGCCCUUUUCUGUUGCUGGAGUAACUAUUUUCAGAGCCUCCUCAUUUUUCAUCAUCGUCCAGACCACCUUUGGCCUCCAGUUGGAAAUCCAACUCUCACCAAUCAUGCAGGUCUAUAUUGCUGCAAGCACCGUUUGGCAGCAGAGAACUUGCGGUCUUUGUGGAAACUUCAACAACAACCAAGGAGAUGAUUUCAAGGUCCUGAGCGGAGUGACUGAGGGCACAGCCAUUGGUUUUGCAAACACCUGGAAAACACGAGCCAGCUGCCCAGACAUCAAGAGUAGCUUUGAAAGCCCCUGCAGUUUAAGUCUUGACAAUGAGAAAUAUGCGCAGCACUGGUGCUCUCAGCUGGCUGAUCCUAAAGGGUUGUUUGCUCCAUGCCACGCAGCAAUAAGCCCAGACAUGUACAAAGAUAACUGCAUGUAUGACAGCUGUAACUGUGAGAAGAGUGAGGACUGCAUGUGUGCUGCCGUCUCCUCUUAUGUCCACGCUUGUGCUGCCGAGGGUAUCCAGCUCAGCGGCUGGAGAGACACUAUCUGCAACAAAUACUCCACCUCGUGCCCUAGCACCAUGGUCUACAGCUACAGCAUGGAAAUCAGUGAUCGCUCCUGCCGCUGCUACAGCGACUCUGACUUUACCUGUUCAAUCACCUUCGAGCCUGUGGAUGGGUGUGUCUGUUCUGAGGGAACCUACCUGGAUGAUGAGGGCAAGUGUGUUCCACCAGCCAGCUGCCCUUGUUAUUACAAGGGCUCAGUGGUGUCCCCUGGAGAGGUCAUCAGCAAGGAUGGAACCAUGUGCACCUGCAAGGAGGGAAAACUCCAUUGUAUUGGAGAUUCACCUGAUCAUCCAUCAUGUGUUGCACCAAUGGUUUUCGUCAACUGCUCCAAUGCAAGCCCAGGAGUGAGAGGGUUAGAGUGUCAGAAGAGCUGCAAUAUUCUGGAUAUGGCCUGUAUCAGCACAGAGUGCAUUUCAGGCUGUAUGUGUCCCCCUGGACUGGUAUCCGAUGGAAAAGGAGGCUGCAUCAAGCCAGACCUUUGUCCUUGUUCUCACAAUGCAGCUACUUACCAACCAGGAGACAGCAUCAAGGUCGACUGCAAUACCUGCACUUGUAAAGACAGAAAAUGGCAGUGCACAACUAACCUGUGCCAUGGAACCUGUGCCAUUUAUGGAGAUGGACACUACAUUACUUUUGACGGGAAACGAUUCACUUUCGAAGGAGACUGUGAAUACACUCUUACAAAGGACUACUGUGGAAACAACAAUGCCAAUGGCAGCUUCAGAGUCAUCACUGAGAACAUUCCCUGUGGAACAACAGGCACCACCUGCUCCAAGGCCAUCAAGCUCUUCCUGGGGAACAAUGAAUUAAUCCUGACAGAAGGGAACUACCAAGUCAUUGAGAGAAAUACAGGGGAGCUGGUUCCUUACCAGAUUCGUACAAUGGGCAUCUACCUUGUGAUUGAAGCCAAUAAUGGGUUGAUUCUCAUGUGGGACAGGAAAACAAGCAUGUUCAUCAAACUGAACCCACAGUUCAAGGGACAUGUCUGUGGUCUGUGUGGAAACUAUGAUGGCAACGCAAACAAUGACUUCACUACCAGGAGCCAGGCAGUAGUUGUCAACCCUCUAGACUUUGGAAACAGCUGGAAAGUCUCUGCAAGCUGCCCCGAUGCAAAGAACAAAAGGAGCCCCUGUACUGCCAACCCUUACAGGCUGUCUUGGUCACAGAAGCAGUGUAGCAUCAUACAGAGCAAAGUUUUCACAGACUGCCAUUCUAAAGUGGACCCCUCUUCUUUCUAUGAUGCGUGUGUGACAGACUCAUGUGCUUGUGACAGUGGUGGAGACUGUGAGUGUUUCUGUACCGCUGUGGCAGCUUAUGCAGAGGCCUGUAAUGAGGCUGGAGCCUGCAUAGCCUGGAGAAGCCCACAAAUCUGCCCACUGUUCUGUGAUUACUACAACCCCACUGGAGAAUGUGAGUGGCACUACAAGGCAUGUGGAGCUCAGUGUAUGAAGACCUGCAGGAAUCCCUCCGGGAGCUGCUCAACUCAGAUACCACCUCUUGAAGGUUGCUAUCCAAAAUGUCCUCCUGCUCAACCCUUCUUUGAUGAAGAUAUAAUGAAGUGUGUGGAGAAGGAGCAGUGUGGCUGCUAUGGCAGAGAUGGAAAACACUACAAUAAUGGAGAAAAAGUUCCAACCACAGAAAACUGCCAGACAUGCUAUUGUAAUUCAGUGACAGUGGACUGCAAAUACGAUGUACAAGCUUGCACUUGCACCUACAAUGGGAACAAAUACCCCUAUGGGCAUAUCAUAUACGAUACAACGGAUGGACAUAGCAGCUGUAUGACAGCAGUUUGUGGGAAGAAUGGAACCAUUCAAAGGGACAUGUACACAUGUUCAACUACAACUCCAUCAACUUCUAUUCCAUCUCAUCCAACUCCAUCUACGAAUGUUCCUACCACUACAUCAUUCUCUACAGUGACAACAAAUGUUUUCACUUUCUCAACACCAACGCCAACUGAGCCAGCCACAUCUUCAACAGAGACAACAGUGUCUCCAACAACCUUUACUACUACAUGUGGAUAUCCAUGUGUGUGGUCACAGUGGUUUGAUACCACAUUCCCUACACUUGGAACUCCAGGAGGAGACUCUGAAACCUACAACAACAUAAGAGCAGAGGGACACAAUAUAUGUGAGAAGCCAAGCAACAUCCAAUGCAGAGCCGAGAAGUACCCAAAUGUUAGCAUAAGCCAAGUAGGCCAAGUGGUGCAGUGUAAUGUAGCAGAAGGGUUGACUUGCAGAAAUGAAGACCAGUCAGGUCCAUUCCCACUGUGCUUUAACUACCAAGUCCGAGUCCUCUGCUGUGAUGAAGAUCUUUGCACAUCUAAGCCUACAACCAUUUCACCAACAACUACAAGACCACCUGUUACGACGACAACAACAACUACAACAGCAACCACCUCCACUAUAUCAACAACCACGUUGAAUACAAAAACCCCUACCUGCACAGUUUGUGAGUGGUCACCUUGGUAUAAUGUGGACUAUCCUCAAUUUGGUCCUGGGGGUGGCGACAAUGAAUCAAUUAAAAAGAUUCUAGAAUCUGGAAAACAUAUUUGUGAAACACCAGUGGAUGUCAUAUGCCAAGCAGUGCGAUAUCCAGGGGUCCCAAUGUCUGAAUUAGGACAGAAGGUAGAAUGUAAUACAAAGGUUGGAUUAAUAUGCCAGAACAAAGAUCAAGGUAUUCCUCCAAUAUGCCUUGACUAUGAAAUUAAGGUAAAAUGUUGUAAGACUGUGAAAUGUCACACUACAACACAAGAAUCUACAACUACACCUACUGUCACAACUACAAUAAUGUCAACAUCCACAUUAACUACAAUAACAAGUAAACCAAUGACAAUCACUACUCCUUCAACCUCAACUCAACCUCUGACCACAACUACAACUCCAACAACCACAACAACACCCACUACUACGAUCUUGACAUCGCCUGCUCCAGCUACCACAUCAACAACAAUUCCUUCAACCACGACUCCUAUACCCACUACUACAAUCUUAACUUCGACAGCUCCAUCUACCACAAAAACAACAACCCUGCCUUCUACUACAACUCCAACCUCUACUCCUACAUCAACCUCAACAGGAGCAUCAACUACCCAGUGCACUGGUGAAGAAAGUUGUGUGUGGUCAGACUGGAUCAACCUUGGUCAGCCAACCUCUGGCUCUGAAGGUGGAGAUAAUGAAUCCAUUAAGAACAUCAUUGCUAGUGGUUAUCACAUUUGCUCAGCUCCAGAGGCAGUUGAAUGUAGAGCAAAACAAUACCCUGGACUUCAGAUCUCUCAGCUUGGCCAAGACGUGACUUGCAAUCCAUCCGUUGGACUGAUUUGUAAAAACAAUGAGCAAGGUCUUCAGCAAAAGUGCUUCGAUUACGAGAUACGAGUGAAAUGUUGUCAAUGUCCUCCCACAACACACAUCCCGACAACAACAACAACAACAACAACAGUUCUGUCGACCACGACUCCUACACCCACUACUACAAUCUUAACUUCAACAGAACAUCAUUGCUAUCAGCUUGGCCAAGACGUGACUUGCAAUCCAUCCGUUGGACUGAUUUGUAAAAACAAUGAGCAAGGUCUUCAGCAAAAGUGCUUCGAUUACGAGAUACGAGUGAAAUGUUGUCAAUGUCCUCCCACAACACACAUCCCGAUCACCACAGAAUUUGUUCCCACGACAACAACAACAACAACUCAGCCACCCAUAACUAGUACUUUUCCUACAACCUCAUUUCCUGUAACAUCUGGUGGAACAACAUCACCAACAAUUACAUCCACUGAACCCGUUUGUUUUUGCCAUUUCAAUCAUCGUGAUUUCUCCAUUGGCUCAAUUGUUUACAAUGUCUCUGACCAUGAUGGAUGGUGCUACAUUGGUCUCUGCAACAAGACUUGCAAAGUAGAAACCCGUUCCUUCAGAUGUGAUGUAACAACUACCCCAGUUACCACUACUUCACCCACCACUACACUGCUCCCAACAACAACAACAAUACCACAUACAACAGAAAGACCAACCACCACCCCAAAAUCUACAAUUGAGCAACACUGUCCCCAUGAACAUCCUCCAAGACAGAACGGUGACAGCUGGAAACAUAACCAGUGCACCAACGGAACAUGCGCCAACGGGAAAGUUAUUUAUGAGCAUGUACAUUGUGAGACUCCGAAGCCAAUAGCAUGUGAAAAUAACUAUCCUCCGAUCAAAGUGUAUGACGAAUCUGGAUGUUGUUUCCACUAUGAGUGUCAAUGUAUCUGCUAUGGUUGGGGAGACCCUCACUAUGUCACCUUUGAUGGAACAUACUAUGGCUUCCAAGGAAAUUGUUCUUACGUCUUGGUCAAAGAAAUCCUGCCAAAGUACAACUUCAGUGUUGUAAUCGACAAUUACUAUUGUGAUGCCCCAGAUGGACUUUCCUGUCCUCAGUCUCUGACAAUUUAUUACCAAUCUUACAAGAUAUUCAUGACCAAGAAGGACGUUGAUGGAGUUUUCACAAGUCUGAUUUAUGUAAACCAGCAACGCAUCAUCCCAGCAUAUGAAACCAAGGACUUCCGCAUCACAGACAACGGAAUUGAGACCCUUUUAGUCAUACCAGCAAUUAAUGCCAAGGUGUCUUUCACUGGUCUUAUGUUUAGCAUAUACCUGCCCUGGGACCAGUUCAGUGGCAACACUGAGGGACAGUGUGGUACAUGUGACAACAACCGGACAGAUGACUGCCGCUUGCCAGAUGGAACUAUCGAUUCAUCUUGUCCAGACAUGGCACACCAAUGGCAUGUUGCUGACCACAAUAACAGUCAGUGCACACCACCACUACCACCACCAGAACCGACACCAACACCACCAACAGGCUGCGAUCCACCCAUUUGUCAUCUCAUUCAAAGCAAGGUCUUUGAGAGUUGCCAUAAGAUAAUCCCCUAUGAGCCAUUCCUUGUGGCAUGUUUCUUUGAUGUGUGCCAUAUGGAUGAUGUUACCAUUGGCUGCACCAGCUUGCAGACCUAUGCUGAUGCAUGUGCACAAGCAGGAGUCUGUAUUGAGUGGAGAAAUUAUACAAAUGGACAAUGUGACUUCACAUGCGAGAAACCCAAGGUUUAUAAUGCCUGCGGUCCACAAGUUGAACCAACCUGUAAUGCCUGGUACAAUUUUAAAUUCAUCCAGACUCAAAAUGAGUUCAGCGUCAUGGGAGAUAUACAAUUGGAGGGAUGCUAUUGCCCUCCUGGUACCACUUUGAUGAGUUCCAGCUCAAACUACUGUAUCCCCAGCUGUGAUAUUUGUCCGUUGCCAAAUGGAGAAUGGAAAGAGGCUAAUGAGACCUGGGUGAGCAACUGCCAGGAUUGUGUAUGUGACCCAUACAGUCUGGAAAUCCAGUGCCAGCCGGUGGCAUGCCAACAUCAGCCUCCUCUCACCUGUGAUCAGGAGGGCCAAGUUAAGGUCGUAGAAACUGUUGACUGUUGUCAAAAGGACAAAUGCGAGUGUGAUGUCACACGAUGCUCUACUUCCAAGAUAACUUGUCCAGUCGGAUUUGAGAUAGAGGCAACUAUGGGAGUCUGCUGCCCAACUUAUCAAUGCGUGCCAAAGGAUGUCUGUGUGUUUAACAACACUGAAUAUCAGCCAGGUGCCAAUGUUCCUGGGGACAAGUGCAAGAAUUGUGUGUGUGGUGACAGGGUGGAUGCCCAAUCCCAUCUACAUAUCAUUGAGUGUCAACCUACUGAAUGUGACACUCACUGCCAGCAGGGCUAUGAUCAUCAAGCUGUUCCUGGGCAGUGUUGUGGGAAGUGUGUACAGACAAGCUGUGUGGUUAUGCUGCCAGAUAAUACCACACACACUAUUCAGCCUGGUUCCAUCUGGAUACCAUCUGGAGACAAGUGUCUCAAGUUUGAGUGCGUAAAGAUUAUGGACCAAUUCAUCCCAAUUGAGGCUAAAACCGUGUGCCCUGACUUCCACCCAGAAGAUUGCAUACCCGGAACUGAAGUCAUUGCUCCAGAUGGUUGCUGCCAUGUCUGUGUUCCAACAUAUAAGCCAUGCAACGUGACAAAGGGAAAAGUGUACCUGGACAGCAAUGGGUGCAAGUCUGCAAACGAGGUGGAAGUGACAACAUGCGGAGGAUCCUGUGGCACCUACGCCAUGUAUUCUCUUGAGGCCAACAUGAUGGAGCGCUCUUGUACCUGUUGUCGGGAAGUAUCCACCACCAAGAAGGAAGUGGAGAUGAUCUGCCCAGACGGGUCAAAGUUCAACCACUCCUACAUUCACAUCAAUAAAUGUGGCUGCCAGAGGACAGAGUGCGUGACCCCAGAGGCGACCCAGGUCGCAAGGUCACGACGCAGGAGAAGAUGAAUGACUCUCCACUACUAUCCCUUUACUGCUUAGAUUAGUUCUCUAUUUAUGCUCAAGUUGUUCACUUUCCUGCAAAGUAAUCUCCUAGAAGGAGAAAAAGUUUCAGCUUUUUUGUCAAAUUUAGUUUUGUUUUAGCCAUUCAAAACACAUAAAUAAAGUUGGCAAUAGGCUAUGCAUACAUACCA